GCAGUUGACACUGACAGUUGCACUUGUUUAACUUGUUUUAUUUAUAGGAUCAGGUGUAUUUUUCAGCCGUGUUUUUUCAAUAUUUAUAAAUGAAAUGGAAUCAUCAAAUGAGUGUCACUGCUGUCUGUUGCGCCCUGCGGCGAGAGAUAUGAUGACGCCGUACUCCUGUCUCGGAAUAACGGAGACAUACUCUGUCAUGCUCCAAGCGUGCUUUCUAAUUGACCUAAUACCUGGUAGUGAUGGGAAAAGUGGUAUCUGUGAGGCAUGUGUGGAGCGCUUGCGGGAUGCCUGCCAUUUCAAAAUGCUUGUGCAACGGAGUCAGGCCAAGCUGCAAGAGAGGUUGGAGAGAGAACAAAGUGUCAAAGGGCUCAUGGAAAUGGCGAUUGAAGAUGCUGCGCGUGAUGUAGUAUUAUUACAUGUAGACGAUGAAUCUGUGGGCCUAACGCAUGGAGAUGGAAUUUAUCACGAGCCUUCCCAUAUCGAGGGACCAGGGUUCCAGCCGACUGAAGGAGAGCUGUGUGCUGAACCUUGUUUACAUACUGGUCUUGAUGAGUGCUCAGUAAAAUCGGAGACGUCUGGCGACGCGGCGGGAUACGGGGACGUCCGGGGCUGUCCGACCGCGCCGCCCGCGGAAUCAGGGGCCCAGUCGAUUCAAGAAGGGAUGUGUGACGAACCUUGUUUACACGAAGAGUUUACAGUGAAGUCGGAAACGUCGGGAAACGCGGCGAGUGGCGGAGACUGUCCGAGUGUGCCGAUGGAGGAAUCAGCGCUCCCGCCCGCUGAAGGAGCGUGCGUUGAUCCUUCUUCACAUGAAGCGUGUUCAGUGAAAUCGGAGGCGUCGGGCGACGAGGCGAGUGGCGGAGACGGCCGAACUGUGCCGCUUGAGGAACCAGGGUUCCCACAGCCUAUUGCAGAAGAGAGACCAGUGAAGCCGGAGGUGUCGGGCGACGCUGCAACGGACGAGGACUGUCCGCCUGUGCUGCUUGGGGAAUCAGGGCUCCCGCCGACUGUAGACGAGUGUUCAAUGAAGUCGGAGUCGGGCGAUGAGAGUGACGAGGACUGUCUCAUUCUGGCUCCAUCGGCCGACGCAUGUGGUGCUAGGACGUCUCUGCCUGCUCGCGCUAACGAACAGCUAGAGAUGGCUUGCUGCGUGAGGCUCGAGCGCCUCCGCGACUCCCCGCGCGCGAGCCAGCCGCGUCCCGCGACACCACACCGCGCGCCGAGCCCCGCCCGCAGCGUGCAGGACGCGCCUCACACACCCGCCGCCGGCGCCGACCCACAACCCUACACCUGCGACACUUGCCAGACACACUUCACAGACAAGUCUACAUUAAUCACACAUAUACAGGAACACAUGAAACAGUCGGAUAAGUCUAACAAAACCUGUUUCAAAAAGGAUUUAUGUAAAAAUAGCUUUACUGAAAAUUUACAAAUUAACACGGAUACCAUCACCUACAGCUGCGAUAUGUGCAGUGAACAGUUUACGUCAAAAUCGCUUUUAAUCCAACAUAUUGAAGUCCAUAACGACCAGAAACGCUUAGAACUGAUAAAACAACGAAGUAUGAAUGCUGUAAAAAAUAUGCCUGAUGGAGAGAAAACAUACAGGUGUGAAGAAUGUAAGAAGCAAUUAUCACAUAAAUCAAGUUUAUAUUUUCAUAUAAAAACUCACAGUAAAGUGAAACCAUUCAAAUGUAAAGAAUGUGAUAAGCGAUUUCCAGACAAAAGAAGUUUAAAAUAUCAUGAGAGAAUCCACGUCCCAUCAAAACUGUACGUGUGCAAAGUAUGUAACAAACAAUAUACAAAUAUAGCUUCUUUCAAAAACCAUGAAAAAAUCCAUAGUACACCGAAACCAUACAUAUGUAAGGAAUGUAACAAACGAUUUCAAUAUAAAACUCUUUUAGCUCAACAUGAGUCAAUUCAUACUGGAGUGAAACAAUACCAGUGUAAAGAAUGUAAAAAGCGAUUCGGGUUCAAAACUAGUUUAGAUCGACAUGAAAAAAUUCACAAAGGAUUGAAACCAUACACAUGCAAGGAAUGUAAUAAACAAUUUACACAAAAAGUUGAUUUACAAAGUCAUGAAAAAAUUCACAGUGGACGGAAACCAUACAAAUGUAAAGAAUGCAACAAGAAAUUUUUACACAAACAUCACUUAGAGGUCCAUGAAAGAUUUCACAGCGGAUUAAAACCAUACGCAUGCAUAGAGUGUGACAAACGAUUUACAACAAUAGGUGAAAUAACCAAACAUGAACUAGUCCACAAUGGACUUAGGCCAUACAAAUGUAAAGAAUGUAACAAGCAAUAUAAACAGAAACACGCGUUAGAUCACCACGUAGAAUCUCGCCAUGGAGAUAAACCAUACAAGUGUAAAGAAUGUAAUAAGCGAUUUGAAACCAAGAGUCGUUUAAGGGGACAUAAAGGAACUCACAGCGGAUUGAAACAAAACAUUCAAACUAGGAAGAAACCAUACACAUGUAAAAUAUGUGAAACAAUUUUCUUACAUGAAACGAGUUUAAUAAAACAUAUUGAGAUACAUAACGACCCGGUCAGACGAGAUGAUCAAAUUGACCAAUUUGAAAAGGAAAAAAUUGGCGACAAUCUCACCUAGCGUCCACGUACAUUAUUUAAUUUUAACCCUUAGGCAUGAUUUUUUCUUUUUGCCCGAAAUUAAUAUAUGUAUCACAAAAUUGUUUGUCCAUACUAGGACAAAUUGUAAAAAAAAUAUAACUUAGAUUUUCACUGCAAAAUCAGUGUUAGAAGUUAAAUUGGCUAAAUCAUAUUUAUGUAAAUAUGUAAUUUUCAGUAAUAGAUAUAUGAAUUUUUUUACUACCAUUAGAAAGGUACACUAUUUGUGAUAUACCUAUGCUAAAGUAUUUAAAUAUAAAAAAAUUACAAACCCCGAAAACACCGUUCAAAAUCACAUACUAAAAAUUAUCAACUUCUGGAUUUUACCAAGCUUUCCCACUUUUCGUCUUAAAAAGACUGUAAUUUUUAUAAAUUAAAAAUUUUGCGUAAAUUUAACCCUUAAACCAUCACCCUACUACUUGACGUUUGGUAUAAAGGUGCGUUCAAGAACGUAAGCCUUUUUUUUUUAAAUCUGUGAGCUGUCUAACGCUUUGUAGACAUUUGGCAACACUAUGCAUUUGGUUAAUCGCCAAUUUUAGAUUUAUGGUGUCUUGGCGUGACGUGGCGAAGCCCUUUGUCAGAAUCUGACACUCUGGUCUGGUAUACAAGUUAUACCGACUAGCCAUGCCAGACCCCUCACACAACCUCCAGAGUAAAACCAAGAUCUUUGGUGAUUUUAAUGCCAAUGACCUGAGGUCACAAAAAGAUAAGGUGGCUGUCUUUCUAAAAGAUCAUCAUAUUGACAUCUUUCUGGUUCAGGAGACCUUUGUAAAGGCCUCCUCGGGCAGCCCAAGACUUGCCAAUUACCGUAGUUUAUUACAGGCGCUUACUCCACUGCACGGCAUUAGACACCCCCAAACUUCAAAAUAUGGAGGCUUCAAUCUGCCGCCUUGCAAUCGCUGGCCACCCUCCGAUCACAUUUGUCUCAAUUUACCAACCACCGACAAAGGAUAUCCCCUAAACUUACACCCUAUUCACGCUGGAGUCCCUCAGGGCUCUGUGCUCUCGGCUCUUUUAAACCUUUUUGUUAACGAUUUGCCGAAGGUCGUCGAUGUCAAUUACGCGUUAUUCGCGGAUGACACGGCGAUCUUUGCCACGUCAGUGUGUCCGGUCAAGUUGGCCUCUCUCCAGCGAGCCACCAAUUCCCUUGGGGACUGAUGUCGUAAGUGGAAUACGUCAACCCUGAAAAGAGUGCAGCUAUGCUCUUCAGUAGGAGACGUCAAUAUUAUGAACAGCUCCAAAAACAUGGCCACAUUGGGCUUUUUGGCCAUAGGUCUCAUCAAGUACCUAGGAGUAACUCUGGACAGGAGGCUCAAUUUUGGUGAGCAUAUCAGGAAGACGAGAAAAGCCAUAUUUUACGUGUCUAGGCUGACCUGUCCGAUGAGGGCCAGAAGCUCUUCUUUAAAGGAAUAAACUCACAAUUUAUAUCAUGCAUUAGACCAGUAUCCUCUAAUGCUCGUGUAGCCUUUGCCCACGCUACUCAGGCUAAGAUUAAAACGUUACAAACUUUCCAAAAUAAAUUCAUGGGGAAGGCUACUGGUGCCCCCUACUCCGUCAGUAAUAUUAGGCUGCAUGCUGACCUAGACAUGCCGUCAAUAGUCAAAUACUUCCAGGACAUUUCCACGACUUUUGACAAAGCGGCGCAUAACACAAAUCCACUCAUAGACUUCAUAGUAUAGGCCGCCGAGUACGAGCCAAUCCCGGGUGGUAAACCGGAUAGACGAAAACCCAGGCAUGUGCUGUUAGACGACGACGACUUUUUACGAUCACAAAUAAUAUUGAAAAGGAAUGCGGCGUCGAAUUAAAAUCGUCUGCUUUGCCAGCUUUUUGAGGAAGGCAGAAUGUACCUGUUCUCUCUCGGUUGAUUGAAUAAUUUUACGGUUUAGACUCACUUGUUUUUAGUCACUCGCGCAACAUGUUUUCGGAGAGCCGUUAUCGCGUUACACGGCCGUCGUGAACGCUGCUCGCACUCUUAGUGCUUUAGAAAGGAGACCUAGGCUCUACGAAAACAUGUCGCGCGAGUGACUAAAAACAAGUGAGUCUAUUAAACCGGAAAAUUAUUCAAUGUUAGUAAUGUCUCGCAACAGUUUAAACUCGGUUGAUGUUUCUUUUCCUAUCACUGCCCCGACUGUUGCUGGUGGGUGGGCUUAACCCCACAGCAAAAACGUCCUGCUCCCUCCCUUACAGGCCUAAUCUAACAUGCAGGUCUAUUAAAAAUCAGAUUUUCCACCUCAUUCGCCUCACACGAGUCGCUUUUUUUUUUUGAAUAGGACUUUUUA